CGUCUAGUGACGGCCGGAAUCCGAACAAAAACGGACCUAAAACAAAGGAGUUCCAGUGGAAAAAGUGCAAAAAUUGAAAUAAGUGCAAAAGAAACGAGUGAAAAUGGUCUCGAUUCAGACGAUCGCGACGAUAGUCGUGAAAGCGCUAAAGAUUGUGCUAAACAUUAUCAUCCUGGUGCUGUACAGAACAGGAUACAAUGGCGAGUUCCUCGGAGUGGGGGGUACGUGGAACCUCAAUGAGGAGAAGAAUCCAGACGCUGAGAUUGUGGCGUCAGGGGUCAUCGUGGGGUACCUGAUCUACACCUUCGUCCAGGUCGUCACUUAUCUGUUUGGCACCACAGAACAUAAGAGGGCCCUGUCCGAGAUAGUGAUGAACUUUGUGGGUGUGUUCCUGUGGAUCGCGGUCGGUGCUGUAGCCCUGCACUACUGGGGAGGAUACCAGGCGGAGCAACAGUACCAGUUCAUAUCCUCAGAGAAGCAGGUUGGUUUGGCCGUGGGAUCACUGUGUGUCAUACAAGGCGCUGUAUAUCUGUUAGACACAGCACUUUCCGUCAUCCACUUCACAAAGGAGAUGUUAAAGUUGGAUUGGUUGGCAUUUGAGGAGCCAACGCUGGUGACCAUCGCACCUGGUUGUAAGGACUUCCUCUGCGAGCUGGAUUUUGAAUCUUUCAAGAUUCCUCCAUUAACGGAAAACGUUUCGGAGUACGGAGGCGGGGCGCGCGUGAUCUGGAGCAUGUCUGCCGGAGACAGGGAGGCGGAGGCGCAAGCCAAGAAGGGGGAUGAUAGCACUUCGUCUGAAAGAGAAAGCAAGGCUGCAGCAGCACUGAAGCAGUACUGGUGCUUGGGGCUGAGGAUUGUGGAGUUGAUAAUCGCAAUCAUUGGCAUCGGGUUGAUGGUAGGCGCCAUGGCUUACCCCCAAGUGUUGCAGUCCAACCAUCAACACAUGGCCCUCAUCUUCUCAGCAUACUCGAGUUUCAUUAUCAUCACUGGAAUCCUAAUCUUGGCGCGGCUGCUGGGUGAGACGGUUGGCUGGAAGACUUCUAUUGGCUUCUCCAUCAUCGGCGUCAUUCUGUUCACCGCCGCUGCAGCAGUGAUUUUCUACGACUGGCACAGAUCUUAUUACGCCAACCUACGUCCCAACAAGCAAGCCUACGAUCUACUGAUAACGUCUGGCGUGUUUGCAGUCCUCGAUGCCGCGGUGUUCCUCGUCCACGCUUUCCUUACAUUCAGGAAGGAAGCCGAUUACUAAAUUAUCUAUUUUUAAUGACAUUUCCCUUUGUAUAAUAUUUAAUUUUAGAAUGACAAUGUCGCAAAUUAAUAGGCAUAGACAAAAGAUGUAUUUGUUUGUUAUUGAAAUCAUUAAUUAUGUAGUGUAAAUAAAGAAUAUCCUGUUUGCCCAUAUGAGCAGCUCCUUAUAAUAAUAUUUUGAAUAAUUAACUGACACAUUAAAUUUAACUGUUGAUUUUUAACUUUAUACAAUGUUGCCCUAUGUAGUAGCUAGAGAAUUCUAAAAGAAGUUUAUUAUUUACGGAUUGAUUUUUGCCCAAGGAGUAGCUCAUGAUUAUUACAUAUGUUUUUUGGCCGAGAGUGCAAGUUUUGAUUAUAUUAUACCUAAGAAAUAAAACAUAGUUGUUAUAUUAUAUUUACAGCUGUAACAUUAUAUUACAGAAUUCACACAUUUAAUACCUAUUUACAAAUAAAAUAUUUACUUAAUUACUGUAAAAACCCAGAUUUCACCUAGAUGAAACGUAGGUAAGUAAUUUUUAGCUGUUCUGUAGUUAUUUAUGAAUAGGCAUGUGCUAAAUUAGUUUUAAUGCAUUUUUGUAUUAUAAUUAAGUACUAAAACAUUCCGCUUAUACCAAAUUUUAAUUAUAAGAGACUGAAUGUCGCUAGAUAGUAUUUAAGAUGUAUCUAAAAUCAAACGAAGCAUAACCACCGCACUUAAGUUACUGCUUGUUAAGUAUAUCACGAUCUCAAAAAAAUAAUUUGUGCUUCAAUAUAAAAAAAAUAUCCCCCACGCACUCUAUUAAAUUUAACGUAAUAGGGAACUAAAAUAUAGUAACACAGACAAGCAAAAAUCAUUAUAAGUAUUCAAUGCAAUUUCAAUUAUUAUUAAAAUUUAAUUAUUUUAAAACGAGUUAGGUUAAUUGUUUUGAAUUUGAUUUGAAUUUACCGAUUGAUCCCGAAAAAUCGUCUGUUACAUAACAUGAAACAAACAUUUCUUGGUUUCGGGUUCAAUUUGUAACAUUGCACUAAAAUAAAUAGGUAAUUUACUUUAUUGUUAUGUUUAUUUUGUUUAGUGAAUAUAAAAGAGAGAACCAAAGCAGUAAUCAGUAUCCGUCCAGAUGUAGUUAAGUUAUUUCUUUACUGCUUGUUUAUUUCUUUUCUAUUUAAUCGUUUCUAAUAUAUAAUUUUCAGGCGUUUUUCUCAUUAACAACUGGCAAUGAAUGACUGGCAAGGAUCACAAUGAAUUAUUAAAAAAUCCGCUAUUCUGUUUUUGAAAUUAUUUAAAAUUAAUUUUAAAUAGCGCGUUCUUUAAACUUUGCUUUUUUAAAUUUAGAAGACGAAGAUAAAGAAUAUUUUUCAUCAUCAGUUUACUUAGUUGUAUUUUGUUCGAAAUUAGAUUUAAUAAUUAAUUUAAGUAUGUAAGUAACGUGUAGUGUUGUGAAUGGUAAAUUUAUGAUUAAACUAUGUAAAUGAACAUGAAGUAUAAAGCAUGUAGACAGAUUCACAUGUAUGUUAUUUUGUAUCGCAAUAAUAAUACACCUUUUUAUCCGGCGCUAAUGUUACCUUAUAUAUUCAUGGUUUAAAAUAUUAUAUAAAACGAAAUAAAAACAAAGGUACUCGCGUCGUACACCAGGAACCCUUUAAGAUACCUAGUUUUAAUCUACGUAUUCGUUCUAUAAUAUGUAAUAAUUUUAAUAAAUAAAUAGAUAUUAAUGAC